CGAUCGUGUCGGAAGCAACUCGUCCCCCACCAAGUGCAAGUGCAGUGAGAGAAUUCGUUCGACCCAACGUUUUCGGCUCGACGGUUGAUAACUUGCUUUCAGUGAUCUUUAACCCGCAAAAGCAAGCACACUAGUCAUGGAUGAUCUCACCCCAGAGCAGAUUGCGAUCCUGAAGAAGGCAUUCAACAGCUUCGAUCGCGAGAAGACAGGCAGUAUCUCAUCCGACAUGGUGGCGGAAAUCCUGCGACUGAUGGGUCAACCCUUUAACAGCAAGAUCCUCGAGGAGAUGAUCGAGGAGGUUGACGAGGACAAGUCUGGACAGAUUGAGUUCGCCGAGUUCGUGACCCUUGCCGCCAAGUUCAUCGUUGAGGAGGACGAGGAAGCGCUGCAGAAGGAGCUGCGCGAAGCGUUCCGCCUGUACGAUAAGGAGGGCAAUGGGUUCAUUCCGACCACCUGUCUGCGGGAGAUCUUGCGCGAGCUGGACGAUCAGCUUACGGACGAGGAUCUGGACAUGAUGAUCGAGGAGAUCGAUUCGGACGGUUCCGGUACGGUUGACUUUGAUGAGUUUAUGGAGAUGAUGACCGGCUAAGGUGAUCUUGAGUGCCGGCAAGCAGCGCACAGCCGCCACGCUGUGUGUUUCACUAUUUAUUGCAUCUUCCUAUCUCAUCCGACCUACCCUACCACUCGCCCUACGAUCGAUCCCGCUUCCCAAGCUCCGGAGCAAAUAUCUUCACCACAAAUACUUCAUUAUUACACCCGUAUCUCAUGCAGUUUGUUUCAUUGUUCAUAACAUUAACUGUACUUAGUUUCGAUAUACUAUGAGCACCCCUGCCUAUGGCUUGGUACGGUGAUGCAUAGCAAAUUCUUAAAUUAAGAAUGAGAACUUGGUCUGUACUGGUAUCCACACACCACUUGUACUGAACUUUGCUACCGUGGCACUGUCUUCUCGUCCUUGCGACUCUAGAGCACAUUUGUGAAAAGUAUUUUGAACGUUGCGUUUUGUUUCGAAUUCUUCCAAAAAACACACAGUAGCUCCGUAACGAAUCUUUACAAAGCCAAAUUCAGGACUUACAGAUAGGCAGUGGUUCAACACGCAUUACAUAAGCUCAGCAGUAGCCACCAGACUGUUUCAUUCUUUUUACUACACACGGAGUUCGUCGAACGCUGGUUCUGAUUUGAUACUGUUUUUCUUUCUGUACUGUAUUAUUAAUAUUUAAUAAAGCUACAAGUUUAAU